AUGUUCCAAGACCCCAACACUAUCGGCUUGAAAGAGGACUUCCGCAACCGCUUCCGUAACGUCAGUCGCCUGAUGGACUGCGUUGGCUGUGACAAGUGCCGCCUCUGGGGCAAGCUUCAGGUGAACGGGUACGGAACCGCGCUCAAGGUGCUGUUCGACUACGACGAAACCAAGAACGGCGAGAACCCGCCCCUGCGCCGCACUGAACUGGUCGCCCUCAUCAAUACCCUUGGCCGCAUCUCGCACAGUAUCGCUGCUUCGCGCAGUAUGCAGCGAGCUCUGCUGACCGACACCACUCACAUGUUCCCGGUCCACGGCGCUGUGCCCUCCUCUCACCACGCCAACGCCCUCGGCAACAAUAGGCGCGUGUUCAGAGACGGAAAUAACAACUUCUACUAUGAAGGUGACGACGACAGUGAGUACGUCUACGGCCGAGGUGAGGCACCAGAGCGGUACCCCUGGGAGCGCCCCCCGCCUAACCCAGACGAUGGUCUCUGGGAGGAUUUCAUGUCUGAGUGGAAUAUGAUCUGGGGUACGGUUGGACAUAUUUGGCGGUCUUGGAUGGAUAUCCCACAUACACUAUACCAAAUCAUCGGGUCGGAACUCAUCCGAUUGUACAAUUACUGGCUUGGAUUGCCCGUGCCUCCGCGCAUGUGGAAGCUGAAGACGCCGACGCCGCGUGCACAUACUCAACCUGCUGCUUAUGCUAAUCGUGACGAGUUAUGA